AUGGCGGGUGUUGCAGCCGCACAAGCGUUACAUAACGCCUCCAUUACCGAUUUCGUCAUCCUCGAGUACCGGGAUACUCUCGGUGGGAGGGUCUGGCAUACGGAUUUUGGGGCCGACGAGAACGGGAAGCCUUAUGUUGUUGAAUUUGGAGCGAACUGGCUGCAAGGUGUGGGGUCUAAUGAUACGGAGAAUCCCGUCUGGACGCUGGCCCAAAAACAUAACCUAAAGAAUACGUAUUCGAAUUACGACAACAUUCGCACGUACGAUGAAACCGGCUAUACAGACUACCGGGACAUAUUGGCAGAGUAUACGCAUGCCAGCGAGAUCGCAUCUAAAGAAGCCGGUCGGAUUCUAUCAGAGAACUUGCAAGACCAAACUGCGCGCAGCGGUCUAGCUCUAGCCGGAUGGCGACCUCGCAAAGAUGAUAUGAAAGCACAAGCCGUGGAGUGGUGGAACUGGGACUGGGAAGCCGCCUCCUCCCCCGAAACCAGCUCAUUCGUCUUCGGCAUCGCCGGCGAAAACCUCACCUUCAACCAAUUCGGCCCAUCCAACCACCUCGUGCUCGACCCCCGGGGUUACAACAGCCUCAUCGCCCUCGAAGCAUCCACCUUCCUCAGCAGCAGCACCCCUCAAGUUCAAGACCCCCGUCUCCAUCUCAGCACACCCAUCACCAACAUCACGCACUCCCCAGCAGGCGUAACAAUCCACACCGCAAACCAAACCUGCCACACGGCCGCCUACGCAAUCUGCACCUUCAGUCUGGGCGUCCUCCAGAACUCCGCCGUCCAAUUCCACCCCCCGCUCCCGGCCUGGAAACAAACCUCGAUCCACAAAUUCAACAUGAACACCUACACUAAAAUUUUCAUGCAAUUCCCCACCGCCUUCUGGCCCCCAGACAGCGAGUUCCUGCUCUACGCAUCUCCAAAUACAAGAGGCUACUACCCCGUUUUCCAAUCCCUAUCUGGCCCCUCAUUUCUCCCGAACUCAAAUAUCCUCUUCGUCACUGUCGUCGACGAGCAGGCGUAUCGCGUGGAACGCCAACCGCUAGCCCAAACAAAAGCUGAGAUCCUGUCCGUCUUGAGAGAGAUGUUUCCCGAUAAAGAUAUCCCGGAGCCAACUGCGUUCGCGUACCCGCGUUGGUCGACCGAGCCGUGGGCGUACGGGAGUUAUUCGAAUUGGCCCGCCGGCACGACGUUGGAGAUGCAUCAGAAUCUGAGGGCGAAUGUGGGGAGGUUGUGGUUUGCUGGGGAGGCGACGAGUGCGCCGUAUUUUGGGUUCCUGCACGGGGCGUGGUUUGAGGGGAGGGAUGCGGGGUUGGAGGUUGCGGAUUUGUUGUUGGGGAGGGAGAAGUGUGAGGAGGAGAAGGGUAUGAGAAAGAAGAGGAAGAAGGGGGAUGAGGGUGAGGAGAAGGGAUGUGGUCAGAGGACGCAUUAUGAGGUUUUGCAUGGCACGACCCCGGCGGAGGCGUACUCGGGUUUGAAUGGGUGGCCGGGUGGGUUGGAUGUUAGUAGUAGGGCGCAGGAUAACGGAGAUAGGGAGAGGCAAGAUUUGUGA